CCCAUGAGCUGCAGUGGGUUGAAUUUACCUCCACAGGAGUUCCUUCGAAUGCCAAGCCCCAAGCUCUUGCCCCACCCAUCAACUGUCGCGUUCACUUGCUUGAAUUUGGAGAACGAACUUCCUUCAUUCAACAGGAAGAACGCGGGUGUAAAACUGCCCGUUGCAACUCUACCCUCACCGAUAUUACCGAUACACCAUAGGGCUAGAAUCUCCGUCUACAUUACCGAUUAGAUAUCCGUCAAUAUGUCACAGCAACCGCUGUCCUCGUCGGUGCAGCCGACCGACAUCUACGGCGGAGAUGAGGUCUCGGCGCUCGUACUCGACCCUGGCUACUGCAACACACGCGCGGGGUUUGCGGGUGAGGAGAUUCCGAAACAGGUCAUCCCGUCCUCGUACAUCCACGUCGACGGCCGCGAUCUGUUUGGCGACCCGAGCAUCACCCCGCGCGCCGGCGCCGAAGUACGCAAUUACAUGAACCGCGACAGCGUCGUCGAGGACUGGGACGCCGCCACCCGCAUCUGGGAACACGUGCUCGUCCAGCGCCUGCAGCCCCCGCGACCUACCCCUCCGAGCAAGAACGGCCUUAACGUGGGCGACAAUGACGGCGACGUAGAGAUGGGAGAGAACGCCGAGGACGAGGAUGCCGCCGACGCGCUCGAGAAGCCGCUUGCCGAAAGCCCCCUGCUCAUGAGCGAGGCGCCUUGGAACUCGGCUAAGGCCCGCGAGAAGGCGAUUGAAAUCAGCAUGGAGAACUGGGGCUGCCCCGCCUUCUGGCUCAGUCGAGCCCCCGUACUUGCCGCCUUUGCCGCUGGGAAAGCCACCGCGCUCGUUAUCGACGUCGGAGGAGCCAACACGAGCGUCACAGCAAUUCACGACGGCAUGGUCCUUAAGAGGUCUGUCCAGCGGUCGCCGGCUGCUGGUGUCUGGCUGAGCGGCCAGAUCCGCUCCAUGUGGAAGAACGGGGACCCAAAGGUCGAUGUCGUUCCGAGCUUCAUGAUUGAGAACAAAAAACCCGUCGAGGCUGGCGCCCCCCCAGAGGCCAGGCUGAAGACGUUUAACUUCCCCGUCACCGACUCAUUCCGCGCCUUCGAAGAGGAGCGCGUCCUCACCGAGUUCAAGGAGUCGGUUGUUGAAACAUGGCGUGGGCCUGGCCGCUACACGGCACCGGGUAACGAAGACUACGCUAAGAGCCAACCGGGCCGUGUGUUCGAGAUGCCCGACGGUUUCAACCAGAUGUGGCGUGAGCAGCGCUACCGCGUAGCCGAGGGUAUGUGGGACGAGAGCGCCGCAUUUCCAACCCUCGGUGAGGAGCCGGGUUUGUCUAAGGCGCAAACGAUCCCCGCGCUGAUCAAGGCGGCGCUAGACGGAGUUGACGUCGACCUGCGGCCUAACCUGCUCGGCCACGUUGUUGUUACCGGAAGCACGAGCCUGCUCAACGGGUUCAACGACCGUCUGAAUCACGAACUCACGGCCAUGUACCCUGGCCUCAAAAUCAAGAUCCAUGCGGCGGGUUUGACGAGCGAGCGGAGGUUCGGUGCAUGGAUCGGAGGCAGUAUUCUGGCGAGCUUGGGCACGUUUCACCAGAUGUGGAUCUCGAAGAAGGAAUACGACGAGAAUGGACCUGGAAUCGUGGAGAAACGCUGUAAGUAGGUGGCACGUCGAAAGUGCCGACACUUGUUCGAGGGCAACCUACAUGACUUGCAGGUGGGGUGUAGGAGAUAUGAACACGGGCAGCGAGGGUGGUCAGAAGUCGUUGAUUAUUACUUCGUACGCUCAAGGUUUCGAAGAGGCGUCUAGGGGAGUUCAGGUUAAUGAAUAGGUAACCGGUCUUGGGCAAAAGGGCUGGUGUUACGCAGCAUCAUAUAGUUAUCCAUGACCCAUUCUCAACA